UUUGGCCCCCUUUUCUUCCUCUUUUGAUUCCUCCAAAAGACCAAAACCAAUCUUUUACUUCCACUCACAAACGCACCGCUAUAUCUCUCUUCCCCAAUCCUUCACAACCCUAGAAAAAUCUCACUUUUCUUUGUUCAUCUUCGUGUAUGUCUGCUCAGCUUUACUAUACUUUUUUCUGUUUCUAAUUAAUGGAGAGAUUACAUGCCAAAGAUUUCAUCAACUUGGUUAACUCAUCUAGCUUUAUAUCAGAAGGUGAGCUGUUUGAUGCAUCACAAUACGCAUUUUUUGGUGGAGAUGUUGAAAAAGUUGAGUUGGGGGGUUUAUUAGAGGACAAUGAUAAUUGCAUUCAUGCGUUGGGAGAUCGUAGUGGUGAUGAUGAAGUAUCGGAGUACCAUUUGUUUGAAAAAGAUGAGGGAUCAGCUUUGGGGUCUUUAUCCGACAUAGAUGAUCUGACCAUAACAUUUUCGAAGUUGAACAGAAAUGUCACUGGACCAUGGCAUCCUGGACUUGGAGUAAUUGGUGACUGUGGAUCAGAAUCUUUUUUCAGGGAAAGUUCAUCGACAGCUGAAUGGACAAAGGAGGCAGAUUUUCUUAAUUGGUUUGAUCAGGAUUUUUCUGACAGUGAAAGUUACCAGGAAGCAAAAGAUGGUCUUCACAGUCACAUAUCUCUGUUGUGCAUCUUGCGGAGUCGAAACCAUUGUAUAGGACAUCCUCAAACCCUCAGUGACCACAACAAUUUCAUCACUUCUUAAGUGAACCCAUUCUAGUACCAAAGUCAUAGUUCAAUUCUUUUCCUCCUCCGGGUGGCCAGUCUCAACAGUCCUCACCUUGAAGCCAUUUGCAUCCGCAAAACUUAUAUCUUGCUGCUGGACCUAAGUCUCCUUAUUUCACUGUUAAUCGCUCUACUUUGUCAAACUCUAAUAUGCAUUUUCCAGACUUGCCUCAUGGGAUCCAUUACGGUGGAAACAUGUCACAGUUGAACAAUAGUGGCCUUUCACUUAAUAACCGGCUGCAAAAUCGCUGAACCAGCCAUGUUGGACUCUAACAUGGAGACCAUUCUAGUCUCAUGAACAGUAUCUUACCACAUCAUUUUCCGCAUCAAAACGGGUUAUUAUCCCUUUAGAUUAUGUCCCCUCAGCUGCAGCUGCAGCAGCAGAGAUUGCAUCUUGCAGUUCAGCCGACUUUUAGGUUAUUUUUCAGCCCGUCAAUCUCAAUUAUUUAACUCAUUCCCUUCCCCAUCGCAUCUUAGCAAGUAUGGAUCGGCGGAUUACAGAAAUCCAAGCUCUAAGUCAUCACAUAAAGGUAAAUAGAGUGCACAUUCUUCUAAACAAGCUACUGAUGGUGGGAACCAGAAAACACAGUUCAGAUCUAAGUACAUGACUGGUGAUAAAAUACAGAGCAUUAUGAAAAUGCAGCAUUCUGCAACACAUGGAAAUGAUCCUUAUGUGGAUGUGGAUGAUUAUUAUCACCAGGCUCGGUUAACAAAGAAAGCAGCUGAAACAAGAUCAACACAUCGAUUCUGUCCAAAUAAGGAGCAAUCAUCACGGUCGCGCAAUAGCACAUAAGUGCAUCAUCUCCAUGUUGAUACUCAGGGGCUGAUUUCAUUUUCUUCUAUUCGUAGGCCUCGUGUUCUUCUUGAAUUUGAUCCACCGGGUCUUGUUUCCAGUGAUGGAAGUGGUGAGCAUAAGGUAUCUGAGAAACCUUUGGAACAUGAACCGAUACUUGCCGCUAGAAUUACUAUAGAAGAUGGUUUCUAUCUUCUCCUUGAGGUUGAUGACAUUGACUGGCUCAUUUAGUUUAGUCAGCCCCAGGAUGGUGGUGCUCAGCUCAGGCAGAAACGGCAGAUCCUCUUAGAAAGUAUGACAGCCUCGCUUCAACUUGUUGACCCUCUUGGCAAAAGUGGCAGUUCUGUAGGGCUUACCCCUAAAGAUGACAUUGUAUUUUUAUAGUUGGUAUCACUUCCCAAAGGCCAAAAGCUCAUCUCAAGGUAUCUUCGGCAUCUUAUUCCUGGAAGUGAGCUUGCCAGAAUAGUUUGCAUGGCAAUUUUCUGACACUUAAGAGUCUUAUUUGGUGGCCUUCCAACUGAGACGGAAGCAGCGGAGACCAUUACUAAUCUUGCAAAAACAGUCGCGGGAUGCAUCAGUGGCAUGGACCUCAAUUCUCUUAGUGCUUGUCUAGCUGCUAUUGUUUGUUCGUCAGAACAACCUCCUCUUUGCCCGCUUGGAAGCCCUGCUGGAGAUGGAGCCUAUGUUAUUUUAAAGUCUGUUCUUGAAAGGCCAUCUCAUCUGUUAACAGAUCCUCAGGCUGGUGGCAGCUUCAGCAUGCCUAAUCCUGCCCUUUGGCAGUCAUCUUUUGAUGCCGUCUUUGGUCUACUUACCAAGUAUUGUCUGAGUAAGUACGAAAGUAUAAUUCAAUCUAUACUUGCACAGACUACAUCAAACACUGAGGUGAUUGGUCCAGAGGCUGUAAGAGCCGUAAGUAGAGAAAUGCCUAUGGAGCUUCUACGUGCGAGUCUGCCACACACAAAUAAGCAACAAAGGAAGCUGUUGUUCAAUUUUGCUCAAUGAUCCAUGCCUGUUACUGGAGUUGAUGCUCAUGGUGGAUGUAAUGGACAAACAAAUCUUGAACCUGUGAGGUACUAGCUGAGUUUCUAAGAUAGCAAAUAUAGUUGUACAUCCGUAAUUCUCAGGGUGGUCAUCUAGCUGCUCUUUUCCAGAAACAUGAUAUUCUAAUCCAGAAAUAGAAGGCUGGAGCCUGGAAGCAAGGGGUAUGCAUAUAAUUUUAGGCAUCGUUUUAAUGCCUACAGUUCCUAUUCUUUCUCUAUCUUUUAUGUUCUCUUCUCUUAUUUCCCGCACCUUCCUCUCCCUGUUUCUUUUUCUUUUCAUCUUCACUUUCUUUUUUCAACUUUUCCUUGUUCAUUGCUGAAAGAAAAAGUGGGGCAGUUUCUUCUCAACAUUUUCCUUCUUUUAUCUUACCUUAAUUUUUAUGCUUUUUUGGUUAUAACUGGGAUAAAGGCUGGAAGGGAGAGGUAGAAUGUACAGAUGGUUUAUCGAGACUUUUGGCAACUAUUGGACUUAGCCGUUUCCCCGAGGUAAAAUGACAUGUUUACCUAAAGUAAACAUUGAUGGUUCGUAAGAGAAUAGGGUUCAUUUGCUAGAACUAGAACUUAUAAGGAUGAAAACUGUAAUAAGUAGAUGUUUGUGUUCAUUAACAGUUGCUCAAUUACCUCCCCCUAAUUGUUUAUACCAUCGUAUUGAAAUGUGGCAUCCUUAUUUGUA